UCACCCAGAUUUCGCUCGCACCAACCUCUAUUUCUUUUGGAUGCUUUAACAACCAAUGACUGAGGAAGCUGUGCCGAUCCAGAUGCCAAGGCGAGAAGGAAACAAACAGAUAAGGAAAUAAGAAAGAGGAAAAAAGGACAGACAUUCCAUCAUAGCUCCCGUGGAGCUUCAGCAGGGACGAGCCUACCAGCCGUGAUUUCUAAUCGUGGAGAAAGGAAGACCAGCGAGGAAGACACAGGAAUGAGUCCGCUGAGAGGUUUCCCCUGGCUUUUGAUAUUCUUCUGUGCGGCAGCUGUGUGUGCAGGUGUGGGUGGUGCAAAAGUUGACAAUGUGUCAUCAGAAAUCUGUCGUCAUCCGUGCGAGGACCUGGUGGGCUUGCUCACUGAGAUCCAAGGCCUGCGUAUUGUGACCAGCAACCUGCUUGAGGACCUGGAGAGAGUAUCAAGAGAAAAUGAAGAGAUGCGCAUAUCUUUGGCUGAGCUGAGCAACAGCAACAGCAGUGGCGAUGGUCAUGGUGAUGUCAAUGAUCUUGACAGAGAUCGAGACGGGGAGAUCUGGUGUGUGCAGGAUGGACGAGUGUAUGAGCAAGGGGAGAAUUGGGAGGUGGACAGCUGCACCUCCUGUACUUGCCAGGAUGGAAAGGUGGUGUGUCAGCAGGUGUCUUGCCCUCCUGUAUCCUGCAUCAAUCCAUCUUUUAUCGAUGGAACGUGCUGUCCUGUCUGUCAAAACAAUGAAGAUGGCUGGUCUCCGUGGUCCGAGUGGACCUACUGUUCUGUAACCUGUGGACGCGGAGGGCAACAAAGGGGCCGAUCCUGCAAUGGCAUCAUGCCAUCCUGUGCAGGCCCGUCAGUCCAAACCCGCAGCUGCAUGCCGAUGAAGUGUGACCGCAAGGCGCGUGCUGUCGGGAACUGGGGCCUUUGGUCUCCCUGGUCUGCCUGUACAACCACAUGUGGAGAAGGCAAUAUCACACGGGUACGUCUCUGCAACAACCCUCCACCACAGAAGGGGGGCAGAGGGUGUACGGGCAGCGCCAGGGAGACAUCACCUUGCAACAAUACACUCUGCCCCAUCGCUGGAGGCUGGACAAGCUGGACUGAGUGGUCACUGUGCUCAGAGUCGUGUGGGGGAGGUCUUAUGAGUCGCCAGCGGGAUUGUUUGAACCCCGCCCCUCAGAAUGGUGGGAAGCCUUGUGCUGGAGAUGCUGUGGACUAUGAAGGAUGUAACAAACAACCAUGUCCUAUAGAUAUAUGUUUGAUCUCAAAUCCAUGUUUUCCUGGGGUGGACUGCACAUCACAUAGUGAUGGAUCCUGGGAGUGUGGACGCUGUCCGUUGGGUUUAAAUGGCAAUGGCACUCACUGUGAAGAUGAGAACGAGUGUGAAGUGGAGGGCAUCUGUGUCACUGAGUGUGUAAACACAGACCCUGGUUUCUACUGUCUGCCCUGUCCUCAUCGCUAUAAAGGAACCCAGCCAUAUGGCCUCGGACUGCAGGAAGCGCAGACAACCAGACAGGUUUGUGAACCAUACAAUCCUUGCAAAGACAACACACACACCUGCCACAAGUAUGCUGAGUGUGUGUAUCUGGGCCUGGCGUCUGAGGUUUUGUACAAGUGUGUGUGCGCUGUCGGGUUCGCGGGCGAUGGAUUUCUGUGUGGUGAAGACUCUGAUCUAGAUGGCUGGCCCAACAACAGAUUAACCUGCAAGCAGAAUGCAACCUAUCACUGUCAAAAGGACAAUUGCCCCAUGCUACCAAACUCUGGACAGGAAGACCUGGACAAUGACGGACAGGGAGAUGCCUGUGAUCCUGAUGAUGACAAUGACGACAUCAUAGACGAGAGGGACAACUGCCCGCUGGUUUACAACCCUAGGCAGUUUGACUCCGACAGAGAUGGGGUUGGGGACCGCUGUGAUAACUGUCCAUUUGAUAGCAACCCGCUGCAGACAGACACGGAUGACAAUGGAGAGGGAGACGCCUGCAGCAUCGACAUUGAUGGAGACGAGGUUCUGAAUGACCGUGACAACUGUCCCUUGGUCUACAACACUGACCAGAGGGACACAGACUUGGAUGGUGUUGGAGACCAGUGUGACAACUGUCCCCUUCUUCACAACCCACUGCAGCUAGACUCUGACAGUGACCUGGUGGGGGACAUGUGCGACAACAACGAGGACAUUGAUGAGGAUGGCCACCAAAACUCUCUAGACAACUGUCCCUACAUUGCCAAUAGCAACCAGGCUGACCAUGACAAGGACGGGAAGGGAGACGCCUGUGACCAUGACGACGACAACGACGGUAUCCCUGAUGACCGGGACAAUUGUAGACUAGUGCCCAACAGGGACCAGUUGGACUCUGAUGGUGAUGGUAGUGGAGAUGCAUGCUUUGACGACUUUGACAAUGACAGUAUUCCAGAUGCGCUGGAUCCCUGUCCGCUAAACCAGGAUAUUGGGUCCACAGACUUCAGGAAGUUUCAGGUUGUUUUGCUGGACCCAAAAGGCACAACACAGUCUGACCCUCUGUGGGUGAUCCGCAGCCAAGGCACCGAGCUGCUGCAGACAGCCAACUCGGACCCUGGCAUCGCUUUAGGUUAUGACAAGUUCAGCUCGGUAGACUUCAGUGUGACAUUUUAUGUUAAUACCAACCGAGAUGACGACUACGCAGGCAUUGUGUUCGCCUACCAGUCCAGUCGACGCUUCUAUGUUGUCAUGUGGAAACAGGUGUCUCAGGCCUACUGGGAGAAAAUGCCGUCCAAAGCUUUUGGCACGGCAGGAGUCUCAAUCAAACUGGUCAACUCCACCACAGGACCAGGGGAGUAUCUACGUAAUGCCCUGUGGCACACUGGAAACACCAGACACCAGGUGAGAACUCUGUGGCACGACCCCAAUAAAAUUGGCUGGAAGGACUUCACAGCCUACCGCAUGCACCUCAUCCACAGACCCAAGACCGGGUUCAUCAGGAUGGUGGUGUAUGAGGGCAGGGACAUUUUGUCCGACUCGGGGGCGGUGUACGACCACACCCUGGCUGGGGGCAGACUGGGACUGUUUGUCUUCUCUCAAGAACACGUCCUCUUCUCAGACCUCAGAUAUGAGUGCAGAGAUAACUGAACAUCCCACCAGAGAUCUACAUUAAUUUCAGGAAAUCUUUAUACAAUUAAGAGAUAGAGAUCGAGAGAGAAAGAGAGAGAUGAUGCACCAGACCCAGGCUUUUCUCCUGCCAAGACUAUCAAUUAGUGACCAUCAUCUAUCUAUCAGCUUUUAAUGCGACUGUAUUGAUUUCAGGCUGUCUCAUUCGCUGCUUAUUACUGCAAGACUCAGACAGCAUCACUAGUGACAGUAACCUCUAGUUGCUUUUCAUUUUGCUUUUUGCUAAUGUUGUAAAUAAUUAUUUAUUGCCAGAUGCCAGAUAUGAAAGGGAGAGAUAGGAGAAUAAAUUGAUGAUGGCAUAAGUAGAGCAUGUGCGGAUGUCUGGUGGUAACUUAUCAAUAAAAAACUUUUUUUUCAA